UAAAAUAUCUCUUCCAUGGAGCCACCAAUCCUCUCAGUAACAAAGCUUCCCGCCCACUCUGCUUCUCUCUCUAUGGCCCUGAGCAUGUGGUCGCAGUCAUCGGCUGGAGACACGAACCAGAUCAGCACCGGCAUGCUGCUCUCUUCUUCAACUUCACACUCUUCAUCUUCCUCCGCCCGUUCAUCUCCCCACGAUAUUCUGGCAACCAGAAAGUCUCUCGAGGAAAUCUGGACUGGUAUCAAUCUCUCUUCUCUCCAACGCCACCCCUUCCGUGGCGGCCUCAGCCUCCAAGACCUCUUCUUCGAAGAGCCUCCUCCAUCAUCCAGAUGUUGCCCCGCCGCCGCCCUUCGUCCCCCUCCUCCGGCCACGGUCCUGAACCCUAGCUCCGCCCCGGAGUUCCAUUCUAUUGAAAGCGCCGAUCGCAAGAGAUCGAUCCCGCGAUUGAAAACGCAGCCCCUGAAAAGGACUUCGGAGAACGGCGGCGAUUCCGGAGAUCGGGUCCACAAGCGCAUGAUCCAGAACAGAGAGUCCGCCGCCCGCUCUCGAGCUAGAAAGCAGGCUUAUACAAACCAGUUGGAGAAUGAAGUGGAACGCCUCUUGGAAGAGAAUGCCAAGCUCAGAAUACAACUGGAAAAAGUGAGAAAAUUGAUGCAGAUGAAUAGGAACAAAGAUACCUCAUCUUUGCCCGCUCUACUUUUACUUGGGUUUAAGUCCCAAUUCCCAAACAUGCUGGUUAAUGGAUCUGUUGCUUUGUUCUUGGUUUUUUUUUUUUGUCUUUCUAAUACGUGUAUUUUAUCUGUGUGUGUUUGCAGGUUUGUUCGGUGGCUCCUGCUGGGCUUCCAAAAAUGCAAACUCUGAGUAGAACCUUAACUGCCCCGUUUUGAGAAGAAUUUUCAUUCUCUCUUUCAUUUUGGUCCUUGCUUUCUCGGUCUCUGUCUAUUUGUCUACUUUGCCGUAUUUGUGUGAUAAAGAAGGGGCUGCUUCCAAGCUUUUGUAAUCUCUAUAUAAUAUGUGUAGGAAAAUAGUUUUCUUACAAUUUUCACUUGAAGAGAUGCAUGUCAUCGAAAUAAGCCUGGAUGACGCUUGUUUGUAUAAAUUUCAAAACAAAGCAAUUUAUUACAUUUUGACGAUCGAGCUGUUGUUAUUCAAUCAA